CUGGAGCAUCUCGUGGAGUUGGUGGCCGACAAGUUCCGCAUAAUUGGACAGACGGAGGACGAGAACAAGCCGUUUGGUCGCAUCCAAGACGUGCAGAAGAAGUCGUUCCAGGAGACAUCCGCGAUCAAGGACGCGAAGCGACGGCUGAAGCAGCGCUGCGAGGACGACCUGAAGAACCUACACGGCGCGAUCCAGAAGGCGGACAUGGAGGACGCGGAGGCGAUGAAGCGCUUUGCGACGCAGAAGGAGAAGUCGGAAAAGUUCAUCCAGGAGAACCUCGACAGGCAGGACGAGGCGUGGCGCCGCAUCCAGGAGCUCGAGCGUGUCCUGCAGCGCCUGGGGACGGAGCGAUUUGAGGAGGUGAAGCGCCGCAUCGAGGAGAACGACCGCGAGGAGAAGCGCAAGGUGGAGUACCAGCAGUUCCUGGAUGUAUGUGGGCAGCACAAGAAGCUGCUGGAACUGUCGGUGUACAACUGCGACCUGGCGAUGCGAUGCAUCGGGAUGAUGGAGGAGCUGGUGGCGGAGGGCUGCAGCGCAAUCAAGUCGCGCCACGACAAGACGAACGAGGAGCUGGCGGACCUGCGGCUGCAGGUGCAUCAGGAGUACCUGGAGGCGUUCCGCCGCCUGUACAAGACGCUGGGCCAGCUGGUGUACAAGAAGGAGAAGCGCCUGGAGGAGAUUGACCGCAACAUCCGCACGACGCACAUUCAGCUGGAGUUUGCCAUCGAGACGUUUGACCCGAACGCGAAGAAGCACUCGGACGCCAAGAAGGAGCUGUACAAGCUCCGCGCACAGGUGGAGGAGGAGCUGGAGAUGCUGAAGGACAAGAUGGCGCAGGCGCUGGAGAUGUUUGGCCCGACCGAGGACGCGCUGAACCAGGCCGGCAUUGAGUUUGUGCAUCCCGCCGAGGAGGUGGAGGACGGUAACCUGACCCGCCGCAGCAAGAUGGUCGAGUACCGUGCCCACCUGGCGAAGCAGGAGGAAGUGAAGAUUGCGGCGGAGCGCGAGGAACUGAAGCGCUCCAAGACACUGCAGAGCCAACAGUACCGCGGCAAGACGGUGCAGCAGAUCACACAGUAA